AUAAAACCAGCAUCAGCAGUUCCUACUCCCCCACAGGUUGCAGUUGUACCUCCUACAGUGGCUCAGGCAGCCCCAACUCCUGCAGCCUCUGCACCACCUGAGCCAACAGGCAGGAUUUUCAUCAGUCCCCUUGCAAAGAAACUUGCAUCAGAAAAGGGCAUUGACCUUAGACAAGUAAAAGGUACUGGACCUGAAGGACGGAUUACAAAGAAGGACAUAGAAUCAUUUGUACCUGCUCCUGUGGCAGAAGCUGGAAUUCCACCCCCAGUGGCUGUUCCUACUGGAACCUUUACAGAUAUUCCCAUCAGCAACAUUCGCAGGAUAAUUGCUCAGCGCCUUGUACAGUCAAAGCAAACAAUUCCUCACUACUGCUUAACCAUUGACAUCCACAUGGGGGCAGUAUUGCAAAUGAGGGAGGAGCUAAACAAGGUUCUGAAGUCUGAAAAUAUCAAAUUGUCCGUUAAUGACUUCAUUAUUAAAGCGUCAGCUCUAGCUUGUCUGAAGGUGCCAGAAGCGAAUUCCUCCUGGAUGGAUACAGCCAUCAGGCAGCACCAUGUAGUUGAUGUCAGUGUUGCAGUGAGUACUGAUGCAGGCCUCAUCACUCCAAUUGUAUUCAAUGCCCAUGUUAAGGGACUUGCUACAAUUAGCAAGGAUGUGUUUGCACUAGCAACAAAAGCAAGAGAUGGUAAACUUCAGCCACAGGAAUACCAGGGUGGCACAUUCACAAUAUCUAAUCUGGGGAUGUAUGGCAUAAAGAACUUCUCUGCUAUAAUUAACCCACCACAAGCCUGUAUCUUGGCUGUUGGUUCUUCAGAAGAGAGACUCAUCCCUGCAGAUAAUGAAAAAGGAUUUGAUGUUGCCAGUAUAAUGCAAGUUACACUGAGCAGUGAUCACCGGGUUGUGGAUGGAGCAGUAGGCGCCCAGUGGCUAUCUGAGUUCAGAAAGCUGCUUGAAAGACCAAACACUAUGUUACUUUAAGUGGACAAAGCAUCCCUUUUUGACAUGGGACAAAAGUAUUGCCAUUGGGGCCUACUCAAGUGUAUUGCCUGUAAGUGGCUUACUUCAGGACUGUCCUGGCUUUCUCUUCUAAAGGAUCAGUGGCAGCCUUCACUGUAGCUGGAUUGAACUUGGAACUGUAAAGCUAAUUGGCUUAAACUUUGAAUACUGAAGUUUAA